AUGACCAAGGCACUGAUGCAGCAGGCAGCCCAGAUGUGCAAGCGGGAGCAUGAGGAGGAGAUCGAAGAGCUUGGUCUUCUCCCGCCCUCACACAAUAUCGACCCCCUCAACCCGCCUCUCACCAUUGCCGAGUACGAGGCCAUGGAGAAGGACCUCUCCAAGUAUUUGCUCUACAUGGCCGCCCUCUCGGCCGCCGUGGGCUCGCUGCCCAAGUCCCUUGGCCUGUCUUCGCCGCUCAAGUUCCUCGUGGUCGGCCCAGGUCUGGGUCGGCUCAUCACGUUCUGCCUCGAUGCCGCGACGUCACACGGCCGCAGUGGGGUCGUGCACGUUCUCGAAGCGAAUCCCCGGGCCGUAGGUUUCCUGGAGGAACGGUUCGCGGCAGAGGUGGCCGCCGGCCAGGUUGUGCUCCACGAAGCCUUCAUCCUGCGCAACACCACCGAGCCGCAGGAUCUGCCGAAAUCACUCGCCGGCCACGUGCACUCGUUCAACAUCAUCGCGAUCACGAUUCCCGAUCGGUGGAAAACCUACCUGGCGCCGAUUUACUGCCCCUCGAUCUACGCGCACAUUGCGUCCAAGGGGGACAGCAACGACACUCAAAACCAAAGGCACUCCAGCAUGGCCCACGUAACCGCCAUUCCUGCGGACGCUGUGCUGUUGGGACCCUCGCGGCUGCUCUACUCGGCGUCGUGCGUAGAGCCACCGACCAGCGUCUACGCGGGCGAGAUCCGGUGGAAGGUGGACGUCGAGUCGACGACUGGCCCCGCUCGGGAUCGGUCGAGCGACGUCGUGGUUCACGGGUUCGUGGGCCACUUCACGUGCCAUCUGUUCGGCGGCAUCAAGCUCGACACCCGGCACGGGUCGGCCGCGCGAAACACCUUCCACUGGGAGUCGAUGUUCUUCCCCCUGAGCACGCCGGUGGACCUCGGCAGCAACCGCAGGGGUGGCAGCUGCCGGACGACGAUCGGCGUGCGACUCGAACGACGCAGCGCGGUCAAACAGUCGGCUCUGGCCAGCGGCCCGGCCGACCUGCACGCCAUUUGGUACGAGUGGCGCCUGCUCUCCGACGACGAUGACGACCGGCCCGCGAUCGCUGGCAAUUCCCUCCCGCACAAUCCGGAUGGCCGAUUCCAAUCCCUCUAUCUGUGA